ACCUUGAUUCCUUGGGUGGAAGCAAAGACUUUUCCACGAACCAAUCCUGAAGUUAGGCGUGUUUGUGUGGAAAUUGACUCAAGUCAGUCACUCGGUUGUUAAUGACUUUGUGAAACUGCUGUUGUUGAUUCACAUUGAUUGGUACUCCUUUUUGCUGUCCCCUUUCUAUCUUUUAUUUCUGGUCAUCAGAGCAAAUGGUGAUGCCAGAAACCAAAUAAGAGUAGUAAUUAGCAGAGGGCAGUGCAUUUCUCAGCAACAAUUAGCUCAUUAUAAUCAACCAAAAGAAAAAAAAGAUGGAUCGAAGCUUAUGCCUCUGCCUACUGAUUUGCCUGUUCUUGCAGUGCCCAUUCAGUUAUUCUUGGAAGAGUCUGACAUUUCUUGAUCUUGGUUCCAACUUACUGGAGGGACCAUUACCUGCUUCUCUCUGCAAGUUAGAAAAGCUGCAAUAUCUUCUCCUGUCUCACAACAAACUGACCGGAACAAUACCUCACUGUUUCGGGAACAUCAGCCGACAGCUCACGGUGUUGGACUUGCGGAGAAACGGCUUUCAUGGGAUGAUUCCAACAACGUUUCCAGAGCGCAAUCAGCUCAGGAAUCUUGGUCUCUACGGCAAUAAACUAGAAGGGCCCCUACCACGAUCUUUGAUCAACUGCAAGAGCUUGGAAGUUCUCGACGUUGGAGAAAACAGCAUAACCGGUAGAUUCCCUGACUGGCUCGAAACUCUCCCAGAGCUACGUGUUCUGAUAUUGAAAUCGAACAAAUUUCACGGUCCAAUUGGAGCUUCAUCUAAUAAAUCAUCAUUCCAGAAGCUCAGGAUCUUGGACUUAUCUUAUAAUCAGUUCACUGGAUACCUACCGAAAGAAAUGAUCGAAAACUUUCCUGCUAUGAAGAGGAAUGAUAGUGAAACACAAAAUCAAUACAUGGGAGAUGGCUCAUACUAUCUAGAUUCAGUGACGGUAAUCAUGAAAGGGCUAGAGUACGAAAUUAAGCGGGUCCUCACGGUUUUCACAACCAUCGAUUUGUCUGGAAACCAAUUCGAAGGAAACAUUCCGAAAUCCAUUGGGGAUCUCAAUUCUCUCGUGGUAUUCAACUUGUCCCACAAUAACUUCAAUGGUUUGAUUCCACAAACACUGGGGGACUUGUCUGAACUUGAAUCACUAGACCUUUCUUAUAACCAACUCGUGGGAAGGAUUCCCCCUGAGCUUUGCAAUCUGCAUUUUCUUGAAGCCUUGAACCUUUCCGAGAAUCAUCUGGUGGGACCAAUUCCUUCAGGUGGGCACUUCAAUACCUUUCCUAAUUCUUCAUUUACUGGGAACCCCGGAUUGUGUGAUUUUCCGCUUAAAGAUUGUGGAGAAGUUGAUGGACCGCAACCAUCUCCCUGGCGGGUAUCUCAUCACGGAGAUUUGUUAGAUCUUACGAGUGGAUUUACAUGGAAAUCAGUGGUCUUAGGAUAUUGUUUUGGAAUGAUCCUUGGAGUGGCCAUUGGAUUCCUAAUGUUCUCUACUCGAACCCCAAGAUUGUUCGUUGCUAUGGUUGAAGAUGUAUGCAAACGAUCGAAAAGGCCAAGAAGAGUUCUGUACGUCCCUUUGGCUCAAGGUUUGAGUAAACGAUCGAAAAGACCUCAGAUGACGUGAAAAAAUGGAUCGACUAGCUGAAUGGUACUGUAUUAGUUUGAUCGUUCAUAUGUAUGUUUACUUGCAAUAUUGUGCUUUAAGAACUGUACUUUAGUUUCUUCAUCGGAGUAUUCUUCGUUGCUCUCUAAUGAUUUCAAAGGAGUUAAUUGUUGCCUUCUUUUUCGUUUAGUCUAAGAUUCAUUUAAUGAUGAUGGACGACUGAGUGUAAUUGGAUAUGUUAUGAUUUUGAAAAAUCUCGUUGCUUUCAU